GUCGUUGAUUGGUAAAUAAAACAAUUUCGUCAAAAUAGAGUCGAAGAAGAGAGCAUUCAUUUGGUUUGCUGAUCCUUCACUAUAAGCAUCGACUCAAGAUCUACGGAGCUUCGCCUCGAUUCUCCCACCGAUUCAUAAAAACAUAUCGUAAAAUUGGGAAAAAUCUGCCAAAUAGGAAUAAGGACCAUGGUUGUACAAUGAAUUUGUGCUGUUAAAGUUCUGUUCUGCGAUGUCGGGGCUUCUCAAUUCAGGUCUGAAUGCCUCCUCUAAUCUUCCAGAUUCUGGUGAAAGAGCUUACUCAACAGCUUAUUCUGCUCAAUCAGGUAAUCUUUUAGGGCUACAUAGCACCCACGGAAGCUACAACAUACCCAAUAUGUCAGGUACAUAUGCCUCAAGAAAUGCUGCAGCUAAUGGUGGUCCUUCAAGUGGAGUUCAGCAAACUGCAGGAAGUAUAGGAAACGGCCGAUUUUCUAUGAACAAUCUCCCUGCUGCCCUUUCUCAGCCAUCUCCUGGAAGCUCACAUGCACUCUCAGGCAUAACUAAUAAUGGAGGCUUAUCGCCAAAUUUAGGAAAUGGAGGAAGACUUAUUAACUCAAUGGGUAACCUUGUUAGUGGCGCAAAUGUUGGAAGGAAUUUGAGUUCUGCUGCUGGGUUAAAUAUACCUGGUGCUGGUUCGCGCCUAAAUUUAACAGCUCCACAGAUGGUGUCUCUGCUAGGAAAUUCUUAUUCUGCUGGUGGAGGUCAACUGUCUCAAAAUCACUUCCAAACAGGCAAUAAUCAUCUCGCAUUAUUAAACGAGCUAAGCCGUGACCAUGCAAGCUUCGAUAUAAAUGAUUUUCCUCAGUUAACUGGGCAACCUAAUUCUGCUUCUGGUUCACAAGGGCAAUUAGGAUUGACUCGCAAACAAGGUGUUGGAUUUCUCCAACAGAACCAAGAGUUCAGCAUGCAAAAUGAAGACUUUCCUGCUUUACCCGGAUAUAAAGGUGGUGGUGGUGGUAGUGAGUUUCAAUCUAAUAUGCACCAGAAGGAACAGCUGCAUGAAAGUGUGAUGUCAAUGAUGCAAUCACGCCACUUGCCUGUGGGAAGGUCUUCUGGUUUCAACAUAGGAGGUUCGUUUCCAUCUCAUCAUCAGCAACAGCAGCAACAUGCUCAAUCAGUAACAGGUGGCGGACUCUCCUUUUUACCAGGAAACAACCAGGAUAUUCAAUUCAACAGUUCUGAGGUCAGAAGUGCUGGCUUACCUGCAAGUGGUUCAAGGCCUUCAAAUUUGUCGAAUGCCAUAUCAGGUGUCGGAUCCUAUGACCAACUAAUUCAGCAGUAUGAACACUUCCAGAAACAAUCCCAAUACCGAUCUGGCAGUACAUUUAGAGAUCAGGAGUCGAAGUCUGGUCCGGCAUUGCAAGGCGCUGCUGAUAGAUUUGGUUUGCUUGGUUUGUUGAGUGUCAUUAGGAUGAGUAAUCCUGACUUGACCUCCCUUGCUUUGGGAAUUGAUCUAAUGACACUAGGUCUAAAUUUAAACUCUUCAGAGACUCUUAACAAAAAAUUUGCUUCGCCAUGGUCUGAAGAACCUGCCAAGGGAGAGCCACAUUUUAGUGUUCCAGACUGUUUUAAUUCCAAGCAACUGCCUCUGCUAUCUCAAGCAUUCUUUUCAAGAUUUCGGCAAGAAACACUUUUUUAUAUAUUUUACAGCAUGCCAAAAGAAGAGGCCCAGCUUUAUGCUGCUAAUGAACUUUAUACUAGAGGAUGGUUUUAUCACAGAGAAUUUCGUUUGUGGUUCAUACGGGUCCCCAAAAUGGAACCCCUUGUUAAGACGAACACUUAUGAAAGAGGUUGCUACUUUUGCUUUGAUCCAAAUUCUUGGGAGACAACUAGAAAGGAUAAUUUUGUUGUUCAGUAUGAAAUGGUUGAGAAAAGACCUGUCCUCCCCCGCCAGUAGCCUUUGCUUUAUUUUUGAUGUGGUCACAAUUCUAGGCGCUAAAGAAUAUAUUCUGGAAGUGAACUCAUUUCAUGUUUUGGUAGUUUUUAGUCUUAGAAAAUUCGCCAGUAGCUCUUGCUUUAUUUUGGAUGUGGUCAUACAUGAUACAUCUAGGCGAUAAAGGAUCUUUCUAAAAUGGAACUCAUUGCAUGUUUUGGUAGUUUCUAGUUCUUACAGUAUACUGAAUACUUAGACUCGCAUUGUGGGAUGGUCCUGCCCUCUGAAGGCACAUUCUCCAGCAACGCCAAGUAAUAUUUACAAUUAGACUAUUCAUAGCAUUGUAAAUUGUUUGGUAGUUUGUUUUAUGGAAUCUGUAACAGUAGCCCAGAGCAAUAUAUAAAGCAGCGGUUCAAUUGCA